AAACCAUUCUGUUAAAAAGGGCUUCACUAAGAUCUGUAUCAACAAACAUUCCGUCGUUGUUUUCGUACUUUGACCCGAGAUGGACGAAAGUUACUAAGAAUCAGUGAAGCUCUAGCUAUACAGUCUUAUUAUUGCUGUCAUUCAUCAGUACAUUUCUCCCUCUGUUUAGUGUGUAGUUAUUGUAAAUCAGCGUCGUUGUCUUGGACCACGAUUUGUUGAUCAGGCGUCAGACGAAUUCUAUUCCUCUAGCCCACACAACAUAAAAGGCGAACGUUGAGUGCUUUAAUUUUAAUUGUAUUCCUUAGCAACGAAACUAUAGUCACAGACAACUGUCAACAAGCAAGACAACUGUCAACAGAGCAUAGCCUAAUUUUUUUUAAAUUUCAGCUGUAGCCUAUAUGUAAUAAAAAGAAAACGAUCGUCAAAUUAUGGGUUUUCGAUGUGUCACCGUCGUGUGUUUGUUAUAUUUUUUCGUUACCAAUGUAAGCACAAAGAUUCCAAAAAGUACGUCGGUUUAUAAGCCUGUCGUUAUCGUGCAUGGAAUUUGGGACAAGAAAACAUCUUUAGAUUUUAUGGCUGAUCGCAUUCGUCAGGCUCAUCCAGGAACGAACGUUACUGUUGUGGAUCUAUUACAUGGAACGUCGUCUCUCGCUCCGAUGUGGGACCAGGUUGAAGCAUUUGGAGCCGUCGCCAGACAAAUAAGUAUGGAAAAUCCUGAAGGGAUUCAUCUGCUCUGCUACUCACAAGGAGGCCUUGUUUGCCGUGGGAUGAUUGAAACUUUUCCGGAUUUGAAUGUGGCAACAUUUGUUUCUCUUAGUUCGCCUCAGGGCGGCCAGUACGGUGAUUCUUUCCUGCGAUUGAUUUUUCACAAAGCCGUUAAAAAAACAGUUCAUCGAAUAUUUUACACUUCUCCUGGGCAACGCUAUUCGGUGGCAAAUUAUUGGAACGAUCCACAUCAUCAGGCCGGAUACAUAAAAAGUUCAAAAUAUUUGCCAUAUAUUGACAACAUCAUUCCGACAGCUAGAAACAACGACUAUAAAAUAAAUUUUCUUCGGCUGAAGAAACUUAUUUUAAUUGGCGGACCAGAUGAUGGCGUCAUUACCCCUUGGCAGUCCAGUCAUUUUGGAUUUUUCACGGAAGAUGAAAGUGUGGAAAAUAUGGAAAAUCGUGAUAUCUACACACAGGAUCUAUUUGGAUUAAAGUCGCUUCAAAAUAAAACAAAAAUUUACACAAUUGACGGUGUAUAUCACCACGAGUGGCAUCAGAACAUUUCUGUUAUUGAUAAUUGUAUAAUUCCUCACUUGGAUUAAACACAUUUCACCCCCA